GCAAUGCACGUUGCGCGUCACUCGCGAUUUGAGCGCGUCGACGUGCGCGCGGUCAUUGACGAUUAUCCGUGUCUUGUGUCAGUGAAUUUGAAUUUAGAAGUGUUUUUUUCUUCCGGUGCGAUCUGCCUUCGAAUUUCCAUAUCAAGACUCUCGCCUUUAGCGUGAACUGAAUCACACUUCCUUGGAAGCACAGCCAUAAAAGAACUACCACCAUGAGCUGUUCCGGAUUGUUGGUCAAGUUGGUGCUCGUCAGCCUCAUCCUUCACACGCACAGUGCGCCAUCAAGAAGAUCACGAGAUGCCAAACUACCAGAAGAAUCUACCACGAGUCGACAAAGCAAGUUGCAAGAGAAAUUUAAAGAAACUACCACCACUACUGAAUCUUCACCCACAAACAGACGCAACAAAGCAUUGAACCUAUUUGGCUACUUCCCAUCUUACUUAUCAUCAGGUCUAGAUUACAGCGAAGAUGAUGAUGAUGACGUAACCUUCUCCGUCAAUGACGACAACUUCGAUGAUGACGACUUAUCCCGCACAAUUCCCUCAAGACGCCGACAGCAGAAUAAGAAGAAGAACGGCAACGGAGAAAACUUCGCGAAUGAUAACAUAAACUCCCUGCAAUAUGAUAACUCACCCAUUUUCUAUAUUAGACUCCCUCCCACCCCGUAUAUGUUCGUUCCAGGAUUAGGAUAUGUAUCUCAGCCACCCAGUAUUGGACCACCAAUGCCGCCAAUGAUGCCACAACCAAUGCCAGCACAAGAUCCUUUCAUCAAUCUGCCUUUAGAUUUUGUUUCUAACGGAAAACCAACCGGCGUAUAUCAAUGGGGUGGCGCACCUCAAUUUCCUCAAAUGCCACAGAUGCCAAUGGAUCCCUAUGGUUUUGGACAGCCAAUGAUGCCUCAAUCUUCACGCCCGAAUUAUAAUCCCUCUUAUUCAAAGCCUAAACCAACUAACUCAAAGAUCACGAACUUGAAGGGCCCAUAUGUAUUCAAUGGAAAACCUAAUGAUAGUGUCUACGUGCUACGAGACACAUAUAACUCUAUUUAUUCAGACGCUCUGCAGAAUUUCUAUCCUUAGAUUUAGUGUUGGUUACGUGAAGCUCAAUGGCUCGUAUCGAGCCCAUGUCCGUUUCAAUUUUAUGUGCACUAAUGAUGUAUACCUAAUUGGAAGAUGUUAUUUAUGGCAAGGUUAAAGCAUAAUUCAUGAAUUAGACUUAUCUAUAAGUUUACUGUCAAAUUGCGUGUAUGAAAUGGGAACGUUCUGGUGUGGUGACCGUCGUAGUUUAAUGCAAAUAUAAUUUAACCGUGCAAAGUACUCUUUAAAGCAAAUCUACAAAGGCGCCAUUACAAUUCACGACAAUUCUAAGUAAUAUUUAAUCAAUAAGGUAAUAUCCAAAACAUUUAAACUAAUUUAUAAUUUUUAUUUGGAAAAAUUGUUUAAUAUAAAUGAUCAAUUUCGAUGGUAUACAUUAUUAAAAAUCGUCUGAAAUAAAAUGUCACAAAGAACGCGUAAAUUUGUAUUCGUAGAUUUGUAUUGAUAGAUAAGUAGAUAGUACAAUAAAUUAUCUAUAGAAACAUAAUAAAAUAUUCUUCGCAUAUAAAUAGUUUUAACGACAAAGAUUUUAUUUUCGAUUUUGUCCACGAAAGUAGAAUCUAAAUCUAAUCUAAAAUUGAACACUAAACGUUUUAUACAAAAUUGUGCCGAUUAUUAUGUUUUUUGAGAUUUGCAGUUUCUGUUUGUGAUAAUUGAGAUUGUAUAGAUAUAAUUUAUCUACCCUUACAUAUAUUUUUACUUUUUAGAAAAAAUUACUUUUUUUAAUGAAUGAUGUUAAUUCAUUAAGGUACUUUAAGUGGAGUCAUGAAAUUUUAUGUAAGAUCUUUUAGUUGUUAAUUUAGAUUAUAAGUAGUAUUUUUAUGCUUUUAAUAACAUAAUAAAUUUAUUUAUUUUCUUACUAUAAGUUAGGUACAAAUAAAUGCUCAAAUAAAAAAAUAUCCGUCCACAGAUACUUAUAUAGAUUAAUUUAAUUGUAGCUUUAUGUGUGGUAUAUUUUUAUACUAAGCGACGAGAUAAAAUUAAAUCUUUUGGUGUUUUAAGAAAUUCGUAAAAGAAAUACAUACAUACAUACAAUGUAACAAAUAGAUAGUCGAGAAUAAAAAUGAAUAAGUGAUUUAGUUUUAAUUAUUAAUUAUGAAGGAUUUUAUUAUACGCUAAGGAACAUUAUUUAUGGUAUUAAUGAAUAAAGUAUUUCGAUAUAA